CACAGGGAAGGCGGCUUUGGCCGCACGGUGUGCGUGCUCACCGGGGCCUCCCGCGGCUUCGGCCGCACGCUGGCUCAGCUCCUGGCGGGGCUGCUGUCCCCCGGCUCGGUGUUGCUCCUAACCGCCCGCAACGAGGAGGCGCUGAAGCAGCUGGAGGCAGAGCUGGUCGCUGAGCACCCAGGCCUGCGCGUGGUGUGGGUGCCCGCCGACCUGGGCUCGGAUGCCGGCCUUCAGCAGCUGCUUGGAGCCCUGCGUGACCUCCCCAGACCCGAAGGGCUUCAGCGGCUGCUGCUUAUAAACAACGCUGCCACUCUUGGGGAUGUUUCCAAAGGUUUCCUGAACCUGAGUGACCCAGCUGAAGCAAACAGCUAUUGGGCUCUGAACUUGACUUCCACACUCUGCCUGACCUCCAGCACCCUGAAGGCCUUCCAGGACUGUCCUGGCUUGAUUAGGACAGUGGUUAACAUCUCAUCCAUUUGUGCCCUUCAGCCCUUUAGGGGUUGGGCAUUGUAUUGUGCAGGGAAGGCUGCCCGCGAAAUGAUGUUCCAAGUCCUGGCUGCAGAAGAACCGAGUGUGAGGGUGCUGAGCUAUUCCCCAGGUCCCCUGGACACAGACAUGCAGCAGUUGGCCCGGGAGACCUCAGUGGAUCCAGACUUACGAAAAAGGCUACAGGAUCUGAAGACAAAGGGGGAGCUGGUGGAUUGCGGGAUGUCAGCCCAGAAGCUGCUGAACUUGCUGCAAACAGACACGUUCGAGUCCGGAGCCCAUAUAGACUUCUAUAGUAAAUAGCCCGUGUCUUUGGCUUCCUGGGCAUUUUGAGCUCUACUUUUGGGCACAUCUCAGGAGCCCCUGUGGCUGCCCACACCCUUUCUCAAAGCCCCCUGCCAACCCUGCCCAACACAGAUAACCACUCAUGCCUACUGCCCUGCCUGCAAAGGCAGCCAGUGGGAGUGGCUGGUGUCACCAGAUGUCAGGAUCUCUGUCAUGCAGCCUGGCUGAGAAAGGUUAUGGGUGUUGUAGUUCUCUAUCCCCAGGAACAGAAUUUUAGGAGUGGGAAAAGUCGCUGAAACACCGAAGAGACAAGUUUGGGACUCUUGCCCCUGGCUGGUCCAUGGGAAAGGAGGGAGUGAUGUGAUGUGAAGGGUGGCCCGUGUAGACUCACAGGUGGCCUGGAGGGAAAGAGGACAGAGCAGGUUCCAGCCCACACAGAUACCCUUUGCUCAGGAUAAUGAGAUCUUCUGUUGAAUUUCCUGUCUUUAUCCUGAUGCCUUCUUUUAGAACUGACCUUCCCUCUAGGCUGGGCGUUUAUGUACAUGAAGAAGGCAGAUACAAGUAAAAGGAGGCUCAAUCUUCAUUAAUGCCUGCAUCCUACUCUCAGAGAGCUCAUAGCUGGGAUUAUGGGUGUGCACCUUCAUGCCCCAUGUUCUAUUAAGGUCUUGUUCAUAAGGGAGGGCAACAGAAAGACAUGUUUAUAUUUUAAAGGUCUCAAUAAUAAACUAUUUUUUUCUCUGAACACCAAAAAAAAUAAAUAAAAAUGCCAAAGAAUUACUCCAGAUGCCCAAGAAAGGAAUCAAAAUAAAGAACCUGAGUACAUA